AUCUCUAACGCAAUGUUUUCUAACUUCACUUCAGGGAAACAAAGCAGGACAAACAAAACCAGAAACCUGCCUAGAACUUUGGACCACCAUUCUUUCUUGCUGAGUUGCUGUUGCCGCUGCAAAGACUUUAUAUCAGGUCGUUUGAUGUUGACAUUAUAACUUAUUGCACAAGCUUCAUCGUGUCUUGCGCAACUAUGAGAGGCUGUGAUCAAUUUGAAGGAUGGACCAAUACACUUGUCUACUUUAAUCUUUGAGGGAAGAAAAGGCUCUAAUAACAGUGGAAUUUUGUUCCAUCAGCAUAUUAUUUGAACUUCUUGUAGAAAAUGGCUGCUGAAGAUGAUAAAAAUCUUGUUGAAAUCUUGGAAAACCUGGAUACAAUAGAUGUUGCUAAAUAUAUGAAUUUUGUCAGUGCCCCACAAGCUGGUGCUAUUGCUACAUUUUCAGGCACAACACGUGAUACCUUUGAAGGAAAAGCAGUCUUGGAGUUGAGAUAUGAAGCUUAUGUUCCAAUGGCAAUACGAUGUAUGAAGUCUGUCUGUUCAUCUGCUAGAGCAUCCUGGAAUCUGCAUUCCAUUGCUGUUGCUCAUCGUCUAGGCACAGUUCCUGUUGGAGAAGCGAGUGUUUUCAUCGCAGUGUCAUCUAUCCACAGGGCUGAUGCACUAGAGGCUUGUAGAUUUUUAAUAGAUGAGAUAAAAGCAACAGUUCCUAUUUGGAAAAAAGAAGUUUAUUCAAAUGGAGAGGUUUGGAAGGAGAACACUGAGUUCCUGGAGAGGAGGUCCAAGCUUGGUAACAAGGAUUUAGAUUGCUGUGGGAAAAAGACAGAAAUUAAGGAGCACAACAAAAAACUCUGCUGUGGGACUAAGGUUUGGGUUGAUGAUGGAGGUAACCAAGACUAAUGUAAAUGUUGGGGAUCAAAGAUACAAGAGGUGAUUGUGAUAAUUGAAUAAUAGUUUUCAGAAAAUCUCCCUUUUCCACCAUUCUCUUUUCUCAAUCUGUUAAUAAAACUAUUUGAUCUUUGAAUGAAUAAGCCUGCCCU